AUGGGGCCCUACCUGGGUCUCGUCAUCGAAAACUCCGGCUCCCUCCCUACGGGGCUUGCCCGAGCUUCCGGAGCCGGUUCCCGGCCGCCGCCCCUCACCCAGGAGCGGGAGGGGCGGGGUGCGCGGUGGAUGGCGGGGCGGGAGCCGAGCGCCCACUCCCGCGAAGCCCAGAGCGGGAGCGGUCGCUGUCCUCCUUUUGAACUACUACUAACUGGUCGUCGCCCUCUCCCUCGGAUCUGCAGAGCCCCUAGACGGCGGGCCCUUCUCCCCUCCGCAGGCCUCCAGGCCUCCCUGGGCGGAUCUGCGGGGUUUGGGAAAAGUGCCUGGGCGUUUCCCUCCCCAUUUGUGCCCCUUCUCCCGGUGUCAGUCAGGACGGGUGGAAUUCGCUGGCAGACGGGAGAACAGACGUUUUCUAGGGAUAUCUUUUCCCACCGCCGCACACCCCAUGUUCAGAAAUACCCCCCCGGGACUCAGGAAAUCUGCCAGCUGGAUUUGGAAUGUUCCAGCACGUGA